AUGGAGUUCUUUCAUAAUCGUUCACAAAAUCUAAAUUUGAAUAGUACUUUAAGAUAUGAGGACAGCUACGUCAAUUCCUUACAAUUUAAUGGAUAUCAACUAAUGCGACCAUCUUCAGUGAUCAAUGACCCUGUUUUUGACAGUCAUAUACCAUCAACACCACCUCAUCUGCGAGUAGCAUCACCUAAGACUCCCCCUACGGUCAUCAGAAGACGGUCAUCUAUAUCAUCCACAUCAAGCGGUAUGAGUUCCUCUAGUACAGAAUUAGAUGAAAAUAAAUUGCAGCCAUUUACAACCUAUCGCUUGAAACCGAUUUCACAAAAAGUCAAAAGCAUGGUGAUGACUCUAACAGAAAGAGGACUGGUAUGUCUCGAAUUCUUAAAAGUGAAAAAUGGAAUUGAAACUAUUGUAGAGACAUUUACAGUGUCACAGGAUGGACAAGAGAUUUCUAUUAUGUACCCAAGACAGAGCAACGAAGAAUCAAACCACAAACGGAAUAAAGCCUAUUCCAUUCAAGAGCUUCCAGAAAGAUUUCAUAAGAAAUAUGAUCACGCAAGAAAGUUUGUUACAUUGAUUCAAUCAAAAACACCAAAAGUAACCAUGUACAACCAACAAGCUAAAUGUAUGUUGAUGGAAAAUGCACCAAUCGCCAGCUUUGAAAUUCAAUUUUAUAAUGGACGAAAGAUAAUCAAUAAUUGGAGUGGUAUGAAAUUAGUAGAUGAACAGCAGGGCAGUAUUUUGUCUCUAUCAUCACCUAGAAUUCAGCAACAAUUCAGUAACGAAAUCCAACAAAUGAUAAAGUUUGCCGAACAGUGUCAGCAACAAUGUGUUCAAUUUGAAGCUUUAAUAAAAUCUACUGCAAGCUGCGUUGAUGAUAAAAACGAACUGUUCCCAGUAAUUAUUGGAAAGAAACCCACUUCUAUUUCUGUGGUGGAGGAAGCAGUACCAUUCCAACCUAAACCCAACCCAGUUAACAUCAGUACCAUAAGUAGUAUCACAUCAAGUAGUUGUUCUAGCUAUUCGUCAGAUGCAGGCAGUAGUGUCAUCAGACAGAUCAGAGUUCCUAAUAUUGGACUAGCCUCUCAACUCGAUAAUGGUGAUAUUUGGGUAGAAUUUGAAGAUGGAAGUCAGUUGGGUAUCAAACCAACCGUCACAACUGUAACAUAUAUCAACCAAACCGGUGUAAUGACAAAAUACAGAAAAUCCCAGUCACUUCCAGACAACGUAAAAGCCAAACUUGCUUCUGUUCCAAUAGUUCUUGAGCAGUUAAUGACCUCACAGAAAGCAGAAACUAUGUCUGAACAGAGUUAUUAG